CAUACUCAAGUUACAUCUCAAAUUCGAUUAGUACUAUAAUUAGAAAUUCCAUUUAUAAGGGAUGUCAGUUUAACGUUUAGGGGGUAUUAUUCAAGAAUUGCCAACUACUAAAAUGAAAACAAAAAUCUAAAGUAAAUAAUGAUGUCUAAAGAAAUAGAAAGAAGAUUUUCACCUUCUUUUUGGACAUCAAGAUAUUCUCAAGAAGAUGCUGUAAAUAAAUAUAUUGAAGUUUCAACAAAAAUUGGAGAAGAAAUACUCAAAGAACAAAUACCUUGUAGUCUUAACAUAACUUACGGUGGUAAAGAAAGAGAAAAGUUUGAUUUAUUUGGAACUGAUUUACCCGAUGAUGCACCAAUUUUAAUUUUUAUCCAUGGUGGAUAUUGGCAAUACGAAGUUGUAACAAAAAAUACAUCUCGUUACCCUGUUAAAAGUUUGUAUAAAAAUGGAAUUAAAACUAUUAUUAUCGGAUAUACUUUAAGUCCUGAGUGUAUGGUUGAGGAAAUCAUUAAAAAUGUUUCUUUCGCUUUAAAUAAAUGUUUUAGUUAUGCUUUCGAAAAAGGAUCUAGAUGUGUAGGAAUAUCCGGUCAUUCAGCUGGAGCACAAAUAAGUAUAAUUUCAAUGAUAUCUUUAUUUAAAACUUUAAAACAAAAUCAAAAGAAGAUUUUUAAAGGAUUCUUUUUAUUGGGUGGUAUUUAUAAUUUGGAGGAGAUUCUUGAAACUUCUUAUAAUGAUGUAUUAAAAUUAAAUAAAAACAAAGCUAAAGAAUUAAGUCCAAUUUUUCAAAGUUAUGAUGAUUUUAAUGACGAAAUUAAAUUUUUUAUUUGUGUAGGAACGGAAGAUUGUCCUGGAUUUAUAGAUCAAUCAAAACAAAUUUAUGAUCUUUUAAAAAACGGUGGGAAAAGUACUGAAUUAAUUACAAUAAAAGGAAUUGAUCAUUAUAAUAUUACCGAAAAUCUUCAUGAUGAAAAUUUUGAGAUUAUUAAGAUAAUUAAAGCAAAUUUAAUUUAAUUUGAUAUGCCACAAACUUAGAUAUUCUAUAUUAAACUCAUAAAAUGGAAAUUUUAAUAAUUUUUGACAUGUUUGGACUAACCUCAAUUUUAUAAGUUUAGAUUCAAACAUUUUUUUCUAGUUAUUUUUGUUAUCGAACUUAUUCGUUCUCUAUAUCAAAUUCAGCUUUAAUUUGAGACAUAACUUAUUUCUUAACUCUCAAAAAUAAGAUAUCAGCGAUUUUUUAAAUCUACACAAUUUUUGACAUAAUCGAACCAACCUCAGUUUUACAAGUUUAGGUUUAAACAUUUUUUUCUUAAAAUUUUUAUUAUCAAGCUUAUUUAUUUUAUACCAAAUUCAUAAAAUAGAAUGUUUCAGCUUUAAUUUGAGGCAUAACUUAUUUCUUAACUCUCAAAAAUAAGAUAUCAGCGAUUUUUUAAAUCUUCACAAUUUUUGACAUAAUCGAACCAACCUCAGUUUUACAAGUUUAGGUUCAAACAUUUUUUUCUUAAAAUUUUUAUUAUCAAGCUUAUUUAUUUUAUACCAAAUUCAUAAAAUAGAAUGUUUCA